CUCGUUGUUGUCGGUUUGAAUGUGUAGUAUCGUGAUUCCGUCCCUGAUUACGUUAACAUAUCUAGUGUGAGAAUCAUACCUUUCGUUCUCUCUUUCGUUACGCAUAUCGGUGAAGGUGCGCUUUUUGUGACUACAGAAGCUGUGGAAGGAUACAUAUCAACGACGUGGGAUUCGCGUGGGUCACGCAUCGUGCACGGAGCCGCGCUUGAAUCACGAUAUCAGGUGUCUCGCAGUGAUGGUACAGCGAUGAGCUUGCAGGCCCAGGCACCAGCCCAACGCCCUGCGAGGUACUCCCCUCAGGAGACCAUCAAGAUCUACACAGAUUGGGCGAAUUAUUAUCUAGAACGAGGGGGUUGCAAGAGGAGAGUGACCGAUCUUCAAGCUGAUCUCUGUGACGGUGUCCUUUUAGCAGAUCUAGUGGAGGCUGUCACUAAUCAGAAGGUGAUCGACGUAAAUCGAAAGCCAAAAAGUGCCCAACAAAUGGUUGAAAACGUGAGUUUGUGCGUGGGAGCACUGCGGGCUUUGGGAGCGGAUGUAGGUGCUGUGAACCCGGGUGAAUUGGCGGCGGGAUCAACCCUGUGGCCGGUACUGGCUUUGCUCUUCGCUCUGUCACGUUACAAACAGCGAGCCAAGCAGCUACAGGAUAUGCCCAGGUAA